AUUUGGUGGUCUUACCACUGUUUUAACUGUAACUUCGUUUGUCCUAUGAUGUUCUCAACAACUGAAACAUUAAUACCUCUCACUGUGCACCUGCAGCUUCCUUCUAACAGGUCUCGGCUGUGGCUGUGCUUAAAUUAACUCUGGCUGGAGCUGAUCACCCUCUCUCCCCCGUGCAUGCUACCAUGUUGCUCAUUUUGUUGAAUAUAAACACAGAUUUUUGGAAUCAAGAACUGUAUCUUUUUCCAUCAUUUGAAGAUCCCCUGUUCUGGGGACAUCCAUGAUGACAGGAAAACAUCAGGCAUUCUUGACCAUUUGUACAUAAAGCACCACCUGCACAUACCUUCUCCUGAACCAACCUCUCCCAGAGGACAGAGAGGCAAGGCAGCCCACAUGCCCAAAUAGACACUGCUUUUACAAAUGUGGAGGAAAGGGAAGUUCCGUUGUGACUUCUUCACACUACCUGUUGUAAAUGAAAAACUUACUCCCUGGAUUGCAUUUUGCAGUCCAGUGAGAGGUCUGGUAACUUUAGGCCUGUAUGUGCUGCAACAACUGUGAUGUAUCUCAGUUGGAUUUUAAACUGCGGAUUUUUGCUCUUGGAAUGUUACAUGUUCCCAUGUUAGUGUACCUCCGUCUGCAGGUGGAACAGCUGUCUGUUCCCACCCUGCUGUGUGAGGGUAACCCACCAAGUGACUGCCAAGCGAGCCUGUGGCAGUGCAUUUUCUCUCCAGGCAGCUCCAAGAAUCAGCACGUAAUGGUUUGCCAUCUUUGCAGGCCUGUGGAGUUAGUUUCUGAUGGAUCAUCUUGUGUCAGCCGUGCACUCGAGUGCGCAGUGGGUGACUCAGCUGCCCACUGAGGCCUCGGUGCUGCUUUGAUCCUAGGGUUCAAAGAUUAUUGUGUGCAAGUUACUGUUUCCCCUCUUUUAAUCAUGCAGGGGUCUGUCUUGGCAGCUGGAAAAAAAAGGAGAUUUAAGCAGCCCCACUUCAGUGUGGAUGAGCAUGAGGCAGUGAAGGAAGCUGGGCCUUGUUCUUUGUGGAACGUCUAUAUCCUUCAUUUACUUUGUGCUACAAGGCAAUCUCAAACACAGUAUUGAGAAAGCUUGAGUUGAGGUAGAUGAUGAAUGUGGCAAGUUCAGGGUUCUGAUCUCACUAAAGUCACAAAUCUGGUGAUACCCGCAGCUCAGGCACCGUGCUGUUGGGCUGCUGUGGUUGAUUGCUAAUGGAGAUCCAGAGAUGCAGCAGAAAAUAAGUGGGCGUAAACACAGAUAAGCUCCCUCUGCCAUCACUGUUGAGGUUUUGUACCUGUCCUCACCCUCAUACCACCACAAUGGCAGUAGGGUGAUUGCCAGCACAACACAAAAUACCAAACUGAUCUUUUUUAUCUUGCUGCAUUAGAAAAGUAAGAGCAAUAGCUUGUACAGGCAUGAAAAAUCAGGUCAGAGAUUAGUUUAUCACAGCUGGCCAGGAGGCACCCAUGAGACGCAGGGAGGACAUGGCUGCUGGAGCCCCUCUUCCUCCAUGCUGUGCAUGGGUGGCACUGGGCAAAGGUCUGAAUAACGUAUUUCUUUGUGCUUGUGAGUGUGGGAGCAGAGGCAGGUAAAAUAAGCUGCUGCAGACAUUUUACAAAUGAAUGCCACCUCCCCCUUCUGUAAAAGCAUCUGCUCGGCUUUGCUACACAGGUUUCAUGGGCUUCACAUGAGCAGGAAGAGCCAAGUCUGCCAGGAGAGUUGCAUUUUUAAUGUUGCCGAAAUGCCCUGGGAGCGCGUCUCUGCGCAGCCUCCAGUGCAGAGGCUGUAGCUGCUUCCCGCGCCCCAGCCCCGAGGAGCCCAAACUGGUGCUGCCGGCAUAUUUUGACUUGAGUCCCAUGACAGAGCACUGGAUCUGGCAAACUGGAGCUGAGCCGUUGCCGGUUCCCUCAAUUAGGAAGGCUUCCUGACUUUUGUUUAAUCCCUCGCUUAUUAAUGGCGCUCACCUCUUUGAUCAAAGACCAGCACUGAUUUCAAUUAGGGUUGAGCAAGAACCCAGUGACAGGAAAGGCUGUAUCAGGAGGAGCAGCUGCUGUGCCCUGAAGGGUUUCUUCACCCUCAUGACCAAAAUCUAUAGUCAUAGGUGAAGCGUAGUUAUUCCAAACCAAGCUGGAGAAAGCUCUUGUAAUCCUUUGCUGGCAAAAUAGCUCUGCUGAAAUAAAAGCAGGCGGCACUGACUGCUUGGGGAGCUCCAGUUCUUCCCAUCUCGAGCACAGGGGAGGGACCAGGCCCUUCCUACAAAAGGGCGAAACCCGAAAAGAUAAGCCUUUUGGCUUCACUUUUGGACAACACUGUCGAGUGUGAUAUCGCUGGGAUCAUGUCUUCCUCCAUCAAAAUCGAGUCUGUUGUGAAGGAGAAGAACCGGAUGGGAGAGUGCCCAGUCUGGGAAGAAAGGGAGAAUGCACUUGUCUAUGUAGACAUCAACUCGCAGAAAGUUUGCCGCUGGAGCCCAGUCACCAAUGAGGUGCAGAGUGUGUCUGUGGAUGCCCGUGUCGGCUCAGUGGCACUGCGGCAGUGUGGGGGCUAUGUCAUCGCCCUGGGGACCAGGUUUGCCUUCCUGGACUGGGACACCCAGGCAGUCACCACCAUCCUCGAGCUCGAGCAAGAUAAACCCAACAACAGGUUCAAUGAUGGGAAAGUGGAUCCAAAGGGGAGGUUUUUUGCUGGUACGAUGGCUGAAGAGACGGCACCAGGGGUCCGAGCGAGGCGGCAAGGAGCUCUUUAUACCCUCUUCCCUGACCAUUCAGUAAUAAAACAGUUAGACCAGUUGGACAUCUCCAAUGGUCUGGACUGGUCCCUGGACCACAGGACCUUCUUUCACAUCGACAGCCUGUCAUAUGCUGUCCAUGCCUUCAGCUAUGACGUGCACACUGGAAAGAUCGCCUGCCCCAAACUUUUGUACCAUCUGGAAAAGGAGGAGCAAAUGCCAGACGGGAUGUGCAUAGAUGCGGAAGGGAAGCUCUGGGUGGCCUGUAUUGAUGGCGGCAGAGUCAUUCGCAUAGACCCAGAGACAGGAAAAAGAAUCCAAACUGUGAGGCUGCCUACUCCGAGGAUCACCUCUUGCUGCUUCGGUGGAAAAGACUACUCAGAAAUGUAUGUGACUUCUGCAUAUGAUGGACUGGACGAGGCCACCUUAGCCAAGGAACCUCACGCAGGAGAGAUUUUCAAGAUAACAGGCCUGGGUGUGAAAGGGAUCCCACAGAAUCUCUAUGCUGCUUGAACCUUGACACUAAACAGCAAAGAAGAAAUGCUUCCAUCUUGCAGCAGCUCUGACUAGGAGAAGUCAAAUGAACUACAGAAUUUAUUUGUGUGAGGAUUUCUAAGCCCACAUUUGUGAGUGUGCAUGUUUGGAGUUGAAGAUAUUUCUUCUUCUGUGGGCCUAUGGCUUGCUGCAAUAGGUUAGAGAGGUAAAGUUAAUCUGUGUUACACCUUGAUAGCUUUUGUGACUUACCCUAAACCUCUUAGUGCUCAAGUGUAGUUUUGUUGAACUUUCUGAUGACCAGCUCUGGAAUUUCAAGUCUGUGCAGUUCCCAAAGCAGAAUCUGACUCCUCAUGUUACAGUGAUAUACCAGCAAUGAUACAGCAGAUUCAGCAGAUUUUAAUAAACAUUUUAAAAGUGG